UGUUAGUCGCCAUGUUCGUGGCAUUGUCGUUGAUACGAAGUUGUAAGGCGCGCGCGGUAAAAACGUGUUUCUACAGUACGUCAAAUUUAGUUUAAUUUGAGAAAUGUCAUUUGGAUCGGGAUUCGGAGUGACAACUUCGACACCCGCUCCUGCUUUUAACUUUGGUGCUCCGGCUUCAACCACGGCCACACCGGUAAAACCGGGAUUUGGAGCACCAUCUUUUGGAUUUAGUACUCCAGCCACUUCUGCGCCAAGUCUUUUUGGUUCUUCUUCGACUCCGGCAACUGGUGGAUUUGGUACUGGAACUACCUUUGGAACACCAGCUGCUACAGGUUUUGGUAAUACGUCAACAACCGGCUUUGGUACUGCACCUACAUUUGGCACAACUUCUACCACUGGAUUUGGAUCCACUCCAGCUUUUGGAACUCCGGCUACUUCGACAGGCACUGCAUUUGGAACGACUAGUUUUGGUGCCACUCCUGCUGCUACAACAGGCUUUGGAGGGUUUGGAGCCCCUACAACAUCAUCCUCUUUAAGCUUUGGUGGUUUCAGUGGAUUUGGAACUGCAACAACUACGUCUGCGCCUUCUUUCUUUGGAGGAUUUGGUACUACAAAUACAUCUACCUUUGGUGGAGCAACAGGUUUUGGUGCGUUCGGAACCAAACCGACGACCACAACUACAACAACCGGUUUCAGUGGUUUCGGUACAGGUACAGGAUUUCCCAGUUUUGGAACUGGAUUGCAACCACAGCAACAGUUUCAGCAACAACAAUUACAACAGCAGCAACCUGCUAAUACUAUAUCAGAAGCUCUAUAUAAUGCUGUCUUUAAUUGUCAAUUGUACAAUGAUGAACGCGAUAAUCUUAUCGCUAGAUGGAAUCUUAUACAAGCUUUAUGGGGCACAGGAAAAGCUUACUAUUCCAUGAAUGCACCGGCUAUUGAACUUAAUCAAGAAAAUCCGUUAUGUAGAUUUAAAGCCAUUGGGUAUAGUCGUAUGCCCGAUGCCGAUAAUAACGAUGGACUAGUGGUACUAUGUUUUAAUAAAAAGAAGAAGGAUGUUAAAGAAGGCGAAGCUCAAUUGAUCGGAUUUUUGAAUACUGUCUUAGGGAAUAAGCCAAAUUUAUCUCUUACAAUAGAUAACAUCAAAUCAACUGGGGAAGACAAAACUCAAGUGACCAUUUUUGUUACCGAGAAAGGAAUCACGGGAGCUCCGCGAAAAAUUCCAACGAACGAAUUAUUUACAUAUUUGUCGCAACCGAUGCAAAAGCAACAAUUAGUACAAAAUGGCGUAGAAGAUAUAUUGCCUUUAGUUAAAUUGGACCCUGCACAACUCAAAGAAUAUUUAGACAAUCCGCCUUGCUCUAUCGAUCUUAGAUUAUGGAAACAAGCUCAAUUGGAUAAUCCUAAUCCAGAUUUGUACAUACCAGUGCCAGUGAUUGGUUUUCAGCAGGUUAAGCAUAGAUUAAAGUGUCAAGAAGAAGAAACAGCGAGGCAUAGAAAUUACUUGGACAUGGCAGCUGAAGAAGUACAAAGAUUACAAAGGCAACGUACGGCAAUACAAGCUAGACUCAAAGAACAUCGGAGAAAUCUAUUGGAAUUGCAGCAUAGAGUGUUGCAGGUAUUGGUACGUCAAGAAAUCACUCGGAAGGUUGGGUUAUCUUUACAACCAGAGGAAGAAGUUUUAACGCGUAGGUUCGAAACCAUGCAUUCCCAGAUCAGUGCUCCGACUCAGUUCAAAGGUAGAAUUAGCGAGAUGCUGUCUCAGUUGCGAAUGAGAAGUCACGUAGAUACGCAGAAUCAAGAGAGAUACGCGAUGGAUCCUAUAGCACAAGAUGAUAUAAAAGCGUAUCUCACGAUGGAACAACAGGGCAUGGCACAACUUAUAGCAACAAUAAAUACUGACUUAGAAAGUUUAAAAAUUAUUAAAGACGGCAUGUCUGAUCUUUUAAUAAGUCAUAAUAUAUCGUGAGAAUUGUAUUAACAUAAAUUGUUUACACGUAUCUUUCUUUUUUUUUUUCAAAAUAAUCUCUACGGCUUGUUAUGGUCGUACGACAUGAAAGCAACACAAAUUUCUGUACUUUCGUAUUUUGCUGCCAUAUUUAUUGUACAUCUAUUUUUUAAUCGACACGAAUUAUAGUCGUGUCUAAAGACACGGAUCUCGAUCAAAAACGAUAUUGUAAAUUUUGAUAUUCUGUCGAUAUAAAAGACGACUGAAUUUUUCACUGGUAUUUUCAAACGGACGAAACAACGUUAAAUCAUGUAUUGCUUUACCGAAGGAGGGAAAAGGAACUUGUUAUAUGGCGUGAAAAAAGAUAAUAAACAUUUUUUUACAUAAAUAAUGUGCUUUUAUUGAAUAGUUUAAUGUCGUUAAAACACGCUCUUUUCAUUGCAGAAAUGCACGCACGUUCCUCCUCCACGCAUUUAACACUUUCUGAACGUCUUACACAUAAUAUAUUUUUAUAUACAUAUUAUACAUAGGUGUUUAGCAUAGUAUACCGGGAUAUUUCUUUCGCACGUAUUAUACAGGGGAGUUCAUUUAUCAACCAUACUGUUAUUUGUGAUUUCGAUGCAAACAUGUUUAUACCUGACUAUUCGAUCUAACUUCGUGGUUUCCUUAAUCGUGCCCCUGAGGCUGGGUAAUCGAUAACGAAUUAAGAUUGAGCAAGUCUCGUUCGAUCUUAGUUUCCUAUUUCGACUCCGUCGUACGAUAGACGCGUAUUACAACGGUAUUGACAUAUUUGGCUUUUCGCAGUCUAAUCACAACGGCAAUCUUUUCUUCUUUAUCACCGGUACAUUUACUUCCCGCGUCUACUUAUUUUUUGUCGAGCUAUUUCUAGAUAAUCCGCAAACAGAGUGAACAUCGAAUUAAAAGAUAUCGCUUCUCAAACGUUCCUACUAAUUAAAAAAAAAAAA